UCUCAUCCGUCGUGAAAAUAGCUGAGAGGGAUGCCAUUUAACUGCGUAAACAUAAUGGCUUUGGCUAAGCAUCAUCGACUCAUUACGUGUGUGCUGCUGUUCUGUAUAGUGACUAGCAUUCAAACCCGGUUCUCUCAAACAGACUUGAAAUCUAAAAUAUCGGGGGUGGAGGAGCUCUUAGAGGAAUUCCGCAAGCAGCUCCAACAGGACCAGACGUAUACCAGGGAGGAGGAAGAGGGAGUGGACGUCUGUCUGGCUGAUUUCAACGCCGUAGAGGAGCACAUCAUCCGAGCGACUGCCUCCAUUGAGCAGGGAGCCACCUUCCUCUCGGCUCCUGACCGGGUGUACAGUUGGAAAGACUGUCUCCAUGCCUGCUGUGCAGACCCUCACUGCACUGUGGCGGUGGUCCAGGAGGACAUGAGACAAUCGGACGACAGCCUCAGCUGCUAUUUGUUCAGCUGCACCUAUAGAAAUAAAAACGUUUGUUCAUUCGCAGCACAGGCAGGGUUUAGCACCUACAGUCGGGCUCACAAUACAACAGGACACCUCAUCUCCUCCAGUGGCAAUGGAGAUGUGAACAAAUUGGUCAAUCUGAUUAGGAGACCCGAGGAAAACCCUAGAGUUGACGAUGGCACUCAAAUGCCGGACAUGGACGAGCCGCCCCGCAGUAAUGCUGGCCAGGAUGUAGUUAUCCAGCUGCCCACUGACUGUGCGGUACUGGACGGCCGGGACAGUGUGGACGACUAUGGGGUCACCCACUACGAAUGGGCGCUGGUGAAGGGUGAACCGGCCAUCAACAUGAAGGUGACCCAGCCAGGGUUACUGAAAAUCAGUGAUCUACAGGAGGGUUCCUUUACCUUCCAGAUGACUGUCACAGACACCGCGGGACAGAAGAGCUCAGACAAUGUCACUGUGACAGUGCUGGCUCCAGAACACCAAGCUGAAGUUGAUGGGAACAGGAAGGCAAUGACCCACCCUGCAAGUCUACCCAGCCCACACAAGCCUGUGGCCCAGCCAGAGGAGACUGAGGACCACUCCAUGGCCCAGGGUGGACCCAGGAAGACCAUGGAGGAGGCCAGACCAACUCCACCACAAGCCCCACAGACUCCACAGUCUGGUGACUGGAGCAAGGCAGUGCCCCGAGUCCUACCACUGCCAAGUCACAGUGAACAGGAGAGCCCUGUCCAUCAAGAGCCCUGUGCAGAGCCCCCUGCUGUGGGGCCAUGUAAAGGCAUCUUCCCACGCUGGUUCUAUGACCCUGUGGCUGAAGAGUGCAAGCACUUCAUCUACAGAGGCUGCAAGGGCAACCACAACAACUUCCUGCAGGUGGCAGACUGCGUCAAUGAAUGUAUAAAAAAAACAGGUCCCGCUAACAAGCAAACGACAUUGGCACCUCCCCCCACCACCAAACACACAGAGACAGUCUUACCCAGUACAUUUCCUGCGGAGGCCCCUAAAGUGACAAUGAAGUGGCCAGAGAUCAAACCACUACCAGAGCGUGACAUGCUCCCAAUAUCCAAACCACAUUCAGUAAUGGGAGGACACCCAGGGCCUGAGUCUGGUGCUAUACUGCCAUUGGCUCUAGGCCUGAUCAUCACGGCUUUGCUGCUGCUCAUGAUUGGCUGUCGCCUGCGGUUGGUCCGCCACAAGCUGAAGAAGGCCCGACCCCUCACCACUGAGGAGUCUGAUUACCUCAUCAAUGGCAUGUACCUGUAGCAGCAUAGACAGGGAUGAAUGCUCCACAGAACUAGAAUGAGAGGUUCCAAGUCCCUUCAAUUCAUUCUAUUUAUAUGGGAAACCCCAACACUGUCAGUCAACUGUUGGCCAGGUGGAGUCUUCAUGAUUACCGAACAAACUUUCUACAUCACGACUGUGUACGACUUCUUCAGGUGCACUCGAUUUAGAUAACUCGACGUGCGAGGUAGGCGGCGAUCACUCUUUGGAAUGGUCUCAAAAGUGCAAACUCUACCCACACAGCACUCCAGGUGAGAUAAAUCAAACACAGCUUUUAACAGGAAAUACAUGUUUUUGCCACUUUUGUACACUCACUUAGUGUACAAACUGAUGGUUGUCUGCACUUAGGUUUGGAAAGAGAUGCUUUCCUUUUUUCUUUCAUGAUUUCUUUCACCCUUAAAGAUGUUAUUUUAAUAUUACAACAAAAUGUCAAAGUCAUGGAUGUAUAUUUUCGUGGAGAUAUAUAGUACUUCAUCCAUUAUGUAAUACUCUUGCCACUGUUGUGCUAUGAUGCUGUAUAUCUAUUAGACUUGGCGUAGAAUUACAAUUUUUACCAGACUAUUUUGAAAUAUGGAGAUAGCGAGAUAUGUAAUUUAUUGUAAAUUCCAAUCAUUACUGAAAAUGAUUUUGUUAUAAAACCAAGUAAUUCCAGAAAAGCCCAUAUCAAGCCAUAAAGCAUUCUAGGAUGUGUCUGAUAUGGUAUGUUGUUUUUCUUUAUCAUCUAUGUAGUUUCAAUGUUGAUGUGUAGAUAGAUGUAUCUCAAAAGUCUGUAUGCACACAGUUUGUGUGAGAUAGUAAAGUUAACUCUUGAUCAAUAUGUCUUGUGAUUCUGUGCCAAAGGCUUAGGAGUAUUUUAAAUUGGUAAGAGAUGCAAUCUGAAUAUACAAUGUGGAUUCUUCCAUCUCUGUUCAGCUAUUAUAUUCCACCUUUUGCCACUCCUGUCAUUUGCCGAAGAUGUGGCAAGAAGUGGAACGUUAGCUAAAAAGUCUGGUACACAGACUAAAUUCUUCCUGCUCUACCAUAUAUUUUUAGAAUGGCUAGGAAAUGGCAGUAUAGAAGCCGUCUUCAACAGCAUAGACAGCUUGUAGCAAUAAACACUCCAUAGCACAAAAACAUAAGCAUAUUUUUAUUUUCAUUUUUGCCAUUCCAGAAAUUGUGAAAGCCAUAGCUCAUCCAAUAUUCAAUUUUUUUAAACAGACAUUCAAUCGCUUUGCAUUAAAAUGUAUUUUGGCAACGCACCGGCUACCUUGUUUCACACACACACACACACAUAUAUAUAUAUAUAUAAUAUAUGUAUGGCUCUGCUUUGUUUAGUGUCGGCAAUCAGUAAAGCUUGCAGUCUUGUCAUGGACACCAGAGGCAGCACACAAUAAAUCAUGGGGGAAAUCACAACCCUGAAUGUGUGCACGUGUUCACAUGUGUGUAUACACACUCACUCCCAUAUGUAGUUGGACAGUGAAACUAACAUUUUAAAUGUGGCUCUGUACUUCAGCAUUUUGGAUUUGAGAUCAAAUGUUUCAUAUGAGGCAACAUUAUAGAAUGUCACUGUUUAUUUUAGGGUGUUCUCAUAUUUGUUUUACUAGUUUAGAAAGGAAAGCACUAUGUAUCUUGUCCCCCAUUUAAAGAAGUCAUAAGUAUUUGGACAAAUGGGCUUAUAGUAGUCAAAAGUUGAGUAUAAUUCUUAACGCUUGACUACAUCAAGCUUGUGACUCUACAAACCUGUGAUGCAUUUGCAGGUUGUUUUGGUUAUGUUUUGACCAAUAGAAACUGAAUGAAGAAUGUCAUUUUCAUUCAAAGUGAGUAAUGAAGCUGUUUCUGAACCCUUCUGAAUGAAUCAUGAAUAAUGAGUGAGAAGGUUACAAAGGCUGCAACAAAACAAAACAUGCUAAUCUCUCCCCAUUACCAAUAACAGAGGUUAUAAUUUAGGGGUCUUUGUACCUGUAAACUUCUCACUCAUCACUAUUCACAAUUUGUUCAAGAUCACCCAUAACAUCCACAUGAAUGUAGAAUUGUUAAGAAACAUCUUCUAUUCUUACAAUAAAUGACUCAUAAAUAA